CGCCCCCGCCAUGCUGUGCCCGCUGCUGUGCCCAUGGCUCCGCGCUCUGACCCGGGCGGGCCCGCGGGGCCCGGCUGCCCGUGAGCGCCGCGGUGCCGCGAUGUUCCCCGCCUGCUGCUGCGCCGGCAAGGCCAGGCCGCGGCUGCUGCUGCCCCUGGAUCCCUACGGCCAUGGGCUGCUGCCCACCGUGCACCCGGACGGCGGCCGGGGCCGGGCCCACGGCAAGAGAAAGAGCUGGAACUUCAUCCACGAGAAGAUGAGCUACGACACCUUCUUCACCAUGAAGCGGCUGAUCGAGCGCUCACGCAGCGUGGGCGAGGUGCUCCGCUGGGUCACGCAGAACCCGGGCAAGGUGUCGGCUAGUCACUACCCUAUAGCGCUUCACAAGCUGGGCCAGCUCCUGCAGCAGCAGCCAGGGCCGCCCAUGGGGGCUGGGGACAGCCGUGGGCCCGCGGGGCAGGUGCUGGAGCAGCCCGAGUUCCACGUGCUCUGCCAGGCCAUCGUCAGCGGCUGCGCCAAGUUCGACAACUUCAGCAUCGUCAACUGCCUGUACGCAGCGGCUGCGCUGGGGCUGCCCGGGGAGUCGCCACUCGUGCGGGUGCUGGAGGACGAGUCCCGCAGCCGCCUGGGCCGCUUCAACCAGAAGGACGUGUCGAUGGUGUUCAGCAGCGUGAUGCGGCUGCACCCCUCCAGCCCCCACCCGCUGGUGGAGUCGUGCCUCAGCAGCCUGGAGCGGCACCUGGAGAAGGAGCGGCACCCCCAGACCCUCUUCCUGCUGCUCUCCUACUACCGGCUGCGGGCACAGGCGCUGCAGGGCCACGCGGCCUCCGACCAGCAGCUCAUCAACAACCGCAAGAUCCUGCGCCUGGUGCGGCACACGCUGGGCCAGGUGAGCGCCAUGAGGGAGCACGAGCUGGCGCUGCUGGACGAGAUGCUGGCCCUGUGUGCCCAGGAGGCCAACAACAAGGCCCUGGAAGCCAUCUUCAGCUCCCAGCUCUUCUACGAGAACCGGCAGGAGCGCUUCAUUCGCAGCAUGGCAGAGUGGCUGCCCCGGAAGGCAGAGAACCUCACCCCCUACACCAUGGCCCUCAUCGCCAAGUACGUGGCACGGCACCGGCUUCGUGAGCCACGGCUGCUCGACACCAUCGCCAACUUCCUGCUGAAGCGUGGGGAGCAGCUCGACAGCAAGGUGAUCCAGAAGUUGGUGUUUCCCUUCAGCCGGAUGAACUACCGCCCCUCCAACCACGGCGAGCUCUUCCCCAAGCUGGAGGCCAUCUUGGAGCAGAAGGCUGGCAGCUCACCACUGGCCACCGUCAACAUCCUCAUGUCCAUGUUCCAGCUCAGCCACUUCCCACAGACUGUCCUGCACCAGGUCUUCUCCCCAGGCUUCAUCAGCAAUGUCAUGAGCAGCCCCUACGCGCUGAUCGUGCGCCGGUACCUGUCGCUGCUGGACGCGGCCGUGGAGCUGGAGUUCCGCGAGUACAGCGGGCCCCGCCUCGACCCGCGCUACCGCGUCCUCAUGUUCGAGCACGCCCUGACCGCUGACGAGGCCAACAGGAAGUACAGCUACAAGGGGCUGGUGGCUGAGGCGCUGCGGCAGCUGGUGGGGGAGGAAUGCUAUCGGCAGGACGAGGUGCUGCCCCCCGGGUACUGCACAGACUUCCUGCUGUGGAUCAACCGCUCAGGCACAGUGCUGCCCCUCUCCCGUGUUCCAGCAGCUUCCAGGGCACCCCCAGCCACGUCCCCCGUCACCAUGUCCCUGCGGUCCAGCGUCCUCGCCCUCACCUCCGAUUUGCAGGACUUUGCCCCGUUUGCUGCAGAGACACCCAGCAGCCCGCCAGGCCCCCGGGAGAGCGGCCGGGCCGGGCGGUUCCUGCCGGCGCUCUGCCCUGCCCCGGGGGGGCCCUGCUUCCAGCCCCCCUCGGACUAUUUCUGCGGGCUGAGCAAGGAGCCGUCCCUGGCCAGCCCGGGCAGCUCAACGCUCAGCAGCCCCUCCGAGUGCCUCUCGGCGCCACCGCCCGGCACCCCUGACUGCUCCCCCCGCACCUCCACUGCCUCCCUCUUCCAGUUCCCCAUCGGCAAAAUCCUGGAGGAGGAGGAGGAGGAGGCCGCCGGCUGCCCUGGCCAGGAACACGGCUGCUUCCAGGGGGAGCAGGCCCAGGAGCAGCCCGAGGAGCGGAGCCCCCCAGGCAGUGAGGACGCCGGGCCCCCGGCCUCGCCCUGCCGGCCCAGCCCCAAGCGGGGCCCGGGCGAGGGCCCGCAGGGUGCCGAGGACAUCCAGAGGGUGGUGCUGUCGGUCAAUGACAAGUGGCACUACUGCCAGAACUCCGACAUCCUGGUGGGCUCCCGGGCCAUGAGGGACCGGCACCUGCGGCUGCUGGGAUACUGUCUGGUGCAGCUGCCCUACACGGAGCUGGAGAAGGUGAGUGGCAUCGAGGAGGCCAAGCACUACCUGCGGCAGAAGCUGAGGGAGCUGCGCUUCUGAGGGACGGAUCCGGGGGUUGUGGGGGGCCAGGUGGGUGCUGCCAGCCC